AUGGAAAUUGUAGUGGAAAAGAACCAGGUUGAAGCAGUGAUUGACAAAAUUAUCGAGGAGGCAAGGACUGGGGAGAUUGGUGAUGGGAAAAUUUUCGUGAUCCCCGUCUCAGAUGUUAUAAGAAUUCGAACAGGUGAACGUGGGGAACAGGCAGAGAGGAUGACUGGUGGGCGAAGUGACAUGUUAUCUGCUGUAUGA